UAAUCUCGACUCCAGUGUGUGUGUUUUUUUUUCUUCCUUGGGUGUUGCCUUCACUUUUCCAACUUUGGCUUGUCUGUCCAUCUCGUCUUGCCGUGUAAGCUUUGGGAGUGGGCCAAAUUACAAACAUCUCUUUCAUUAUCCAACUGUUUUCUAUUCAAGCGCUGUCACGUUCACGUUACCGUUUUUUAAAGGACUUGUUGAUUUUCGACCGGCUAAGCUAACUGAGCUAAGCAAGGAGCGCUCCCGAUGCAGGCCAUUAAGUGUGUGGUGGUGGGUGACGGGGCUGUGGGUAAAACCUGCCUGCUCAUCAGCUACACUACCAAUGCUUUCCCUGGAGAGUACAUCCCCACUGUUUUCGACAACUAUUCCGCCAAUGUGAUGGUGGACGGUAAGCCGGUAAACCUCGGCCUUUGGGAUACUGCGGGACAGGAGGACUACGACCGACUCAGGCCACUGUCCUACCCACAAACCGAUGUCUUUCUGAUUUGCUUCUCACUAGUUAGCCCCGCUUCUUUUGAAAAUGUCCGGGCCAAGUGGUACCCUGAGGUAAGACACCACUGCCCCAACACCCCCAUCAUCCUGGUGGGCACCAAGCUCGACCUGAGGGACGACAAGGACACCAUCGAGAAGCUCAAGGAGAAGAAACUCGGGCCCAUCAUUUACCCUCAGGGCUUGGCCAUGGCGAAAGAAAUAAGUGCUGUAAAGUAUCUCGAGUGUUCAGCUUUGACACAGCGCGGCCUUAAAACGGUGUUUGACGAAGCCAUCCGGGCGGUCCUCUGCCCACCGCCCGUCAAGAAAAGAAGAAGGAAGUGCAGCGUUUUGUAAACGCUGGAGCCUGGAAACGAUUGCCAUCCAAACUCGUCCAGCAACAUUAGAGUUUGUUGCCCUACUUUCCUGAUUGUUCUUUGUUUGUUUUUUGUUUUAUCAACACUCAUUAGACUAAAAAAAAGUCUUCUUUUUUUGUUGUUUGAUCAAGAGCAUCUUGGUCAUUUUCUAUUCAAUGUUUGGAUUAUGAAGUAAGACCUUUUGAAGAUAUUUUUACUUUAGUUAGAAAUUCCCGAGGCCUUCAUGACUUAACUCCAGAAGAGGAAGUAUUUUUCAUGUUUUGUUAAAUUGGGUUCAGCACGCCCCUAAAUCCACCUUCAGGCAGUGGUUAGACCACUUUUCAAUUCUCUUUUUUUAUUGUUCAAUUGCAAUCGAAGGACUGAUUGUUUACUAUCUGAUUUUAGAGUCAGCAAGCAGUAAAACAAUGCGUGAUUGCUGAUAAAGAUGCUUGCUGAGAAAUGACGCCAGAGAAAUGACUCGUGUUCUAACAGCCGUACGUGAUGCUCAGCACAAAAGUGAAGUCGUUCAUAUAAAAUCAGUAUUUUCAAUGCUCAUGCGGUUGUUUAUAGUGCAGAUUUUAUGACUUGAAUUUUAUUUUACCUUAGAUGCUUUCCCAACAAUUAACAUUUUCCAAGCUCUUUUUUUUUUCUUCUUGAGAUCCUCCCUGUUGCAUCAUGAGGAGCCAGUACAUACUACAUAUGUGAUCAUCAGCUGGCAUGUAACCUUUGAACGCGUUGUCGACACUACCCCACCCUGCUCCCCGCCCAAAUGAGCAAUGAUCAAGUUGACGUCUUGGCUUCAUGUUUCAGUGGAGCCUCAUUGUGCACACUUGGAUUUACAGUUAUGGUAUCAUUUCAUGUUUUAUAAGUAAAUAAAAUCCUCAAAAAUGA